GCCUAAAAAAUUAAGAAAUAACUUUGACUCGUAAUAAUCCACGCAAAUUGUCAAAUUAACAGCGCUAGUUUAUUUACAGUGUUUACAAGUCUUCUUCCGAGGUCUUCUGAUGAAACUCUUCAACUAAGCCAGUGCUCUCUAAACCCCUAAAAAAACUCUCAAUCUCUCUCAUUUCGCAUCAAUGGCGGACACUGAGACCGCCAGUGGAUCGUCUCUGCGAAACGCAUUUGGAAAUGUGCUUGCUGUUUUCAUCCUUAUUCUCAUUGGUGUUCUCGCUUUCUCGAUCCGUCUUUUUUCUGUCAUCAAGUACGAGAGUGUCAUUCAUGAAUUUGAUCCGUAUUUCAACUAUCGAGUCACCCAGUUUCUCACAAAGAAUGGCAUAUAUGACUUUUGGAACUGGUUUGAUGACAGAACCUGGUAUCCACUGGGUCGUGUAAUUGGUGGAACAGUAUACCCUGGGUUAACGCUGACUGCAGGUACCAUGUGGUGGAUUCUACAUUCUUUGAACAUCCCUUUGUCUGUAGAGACUGUUUGUGUGUUUACUGCACCAAUAUUUUCUGCUUUUGCGUCAUGGGCGACCUACCUCCUUACAAAGGAAGUGAAGGGUACAGGUGCAGGAUUGACAGCUGCAUUACUCUUGGGAAUGGUUCCAUCCUAUAUAUCUCGAUCUGUGGCCGGAAGCUAUGACAAUGAAGCUGUAGCUAUUUUUGCUUUGAUUUUUACCUUCUAUCUUUAUAUCAAAACAUUGAACACAGGUUCUCUGUUUUAUGCAACUUUGAAUGCACUGGCAUACUUUUAUAUGGUUUGCUCCUGGGGAGGAUACACAUUCAUAAUUAAUCUUAUUCCUAUGCAUGUGCUCCUUUGCAUUGUUACUGGCCGAUAUUCUCACAGGCUGUAUAUUGCAUAUGCUCCCCUGGUUGUAUUGGGUACAUUGUUGGCUGCAUUGGUUCCUGUUGUUGGUUUCAACGCUGUCAUGACGUCAGAACAUUUUGCUUCGUUUUUGGUGUUCAUUAUCCUCCACGUGGUUGCACUGGUGUAUUACAUCAAGGGAGUCCUUUCACCACAAAUGUUCAAAGUAGCUGUAACUCUUGUAGUAACAGUUGGCCUGGCAGUUUGUUGUGCUGUUGUAGCAGUACUCAUAGCACUUGUGGCUUCUAGUCCCACAAAGGGGUGGAGUGGACGAAGUCUUAGUCUCCUUGAUCCAACUUAUGCAAGCAAAUACAUACCAAUCAUUGCUAGUGUUAGUGAACAUCAACCUCCUACAUGGCCAUCUUACUUCAUGGACAUUAAUGUAUUGGCAUUCUUGGUUCCUGCUGGAAUUAUUGCCUGUUUUUCACCACUUUCUGAUGCAAGCUCGUUCGUGGUCCUCUACAUUGUGACGUCAGUGUACUUUUCUGGUGUUAUGGUGCGUCUUAUGCUAGUUCUUGCUCCAGCGGCAUGCAUAUUGUCUGGAAUUGCUCUUUCGGAAGCCUUUGAUGUUUUUGCUCGGUCUAUCAAAUUUCAACUGCCUGCAGCAGCAGAUUCAUCAUCAGAUGAGACAGGAGAAGUCGGAAAUGCUCAGAUACAAAAUAAUAGCCAAAAAACAGAUAAAAAUGAUGAUGCAACAAAGGACCGGCCCUUGAGAAAAGGAAAGAAGAAGGAGAAGGAAAAGGAGAAGGAAGCUUCAGGGAAGGCUUCAUUGAAGUCCCGCAUUGAGAAAAGACUUCUUGUUUUACCCUUUGAAACAUCUCUUAUUGCCUUGUUCUUGAUCGUUCUGCUGGGUGCUUUCUAUGUGGUGCAUUGUGUCUGGGCGGCAGCAGAAGCAUACUCAGCACCAUCUAUCGUUUUGACAUCUCAUACGCAUGAUGGUCUGCACGUUUUUGAUGAUUUCAGAGAGGCCUAUGCUUGGUUAAGCCACAACACUGAUGUUGAUGAUAAAGUGGCAUCCUGGUGGGACUAUGGAUACCAAACGACAGCAAUGGCCAACCGUACUGUCAUUGUUGACAAUAAUACGUGGAAUAAUACUCACAUUGCUACAGUUGGAACUGCUAUGUCUUCUCCUGAAAAGGCAGCAUGGGAAAUUUUUAACUCUUUAGACGUUAAAUAUGUCCUUGUUGUAUUUGGAGGUCUUGUGGGAUACCCCAGUGAUGACAUCAACAAGUUCCUAUGGAUGGUUCGUAUAGGAGGAGGGGUAUUCCCUCAUAUCAAGGAACCUGAUUAUCUGAGAGAUGGUCAGUAUCGGAUCGACUCUCAGGCAACACCUACUAUGCUGAAUUGUUUGAUGUACAAGCUUUCGUAUUUCAGAUUUGUAGAGACCGAUGGAAAAGGAUUCGACAGAGUGAGGAAGACUGAAAUUGGGAAGAAACAUUUCAAGCUUACGCAUUUUGAGGAGGCAUUUACAUCUCAUCACUGGAUGGUUCGAAUUUAUAAAUUGAAGCCUCAAAAGAACAGAAUAAGAGGAAAGGGCAAGAAAUUAAAAUCGAAAACAAGCUCAGCCAACUCAAAGAGAAGCAGCGCCACCAAAAGAAAUCCAUGGCAAUAACUUAUUUUCUCUUUUGGUUUUUGCAAAUUCAUAGAGUAGGGAAGUCAUAGGUCAAUCACUUGUAACCCAUAGUUAUAUGCUUGGACUUCAAGAGAAAAACAAUGAGCAUAGUUCAUGAAAUAUAAGCAAUGGCUUACCUACUUGCU